UUUAGCUUCCAUUGUGAUUUCAAACUCCAAAGUCGACACCUUUUGUUUUCUCUCCACCAUGAAAAGAAAGAGAGGGAAGGUCGCAGAUGAUAGCAUAAGAACAUUUCACUACAAUACUCGAUCCUCUUCGAGUCGCAAUGAAAGCAGAGCAACCUCUGACACUGACAGAGUCGAAACCAGCAACGCAAUCGUGGAAUCGACAUCGGCGUCGCUUAGGGUUACGAAACAGAGGAAGAAGAUUUCAGAUGACCGGAGAACAAUCUCAGAUCUGGUUCCGAUUGAUGUAAUAAUGGAGAUACUCAAACGAUUACCGGUCAAAACCCUAGCGAGGUUCCUCUGCGUGUCAAAGCUCUGGGCUUGCACCAUCCGCCGCCGAGAUUUCAUGAAAUUGUUCCUCACCGAGUCUUCUAAUCGACCGGAUCGUCUCUUCAUCACCUUCCAGCGUGAAGACAAUAGACAAGAUGGCUUCUUUUACUCGUCCCAUUUAACCCGAAAUCAAGGUGAAGCUUCUGUAGCUACUUACCAAAUGAAGCACCUUUCAUAUAAGCUCACAACCGAAUCUCCAUCUGUUCAUGGUCUGUUUUGUUAUAGAACUAUUUGUGGCUUUGGGCUUGCGGUCUACAAUUCAAGCACCAGAAGAUGCAUCACAUUACCCCAAUUCGAACACCAAAGUUAUAUCAUUCAACAUUUGUUGGGCUAUGAUCCUAUUGAUGGUGUUUACAAAGUCUUGUGUUUGACCAAACCAAGAAGUUUCUUCCAUACAGCAGAACGAGAACCUGUUUUUCAGGUGUUGACACUUGGGAAUGAGAAGAGUUCGUGGAAGGUGAUUGAAAACAGUCAUCCUCACUUACCUUUCAAAAGCCAGAUAUGUAUCGAUGGUGUUGUGUAUUAUGAAGCUAAGGUUGGCACAGAGCGUAAGGAAGUUGCAGUCAUGAGUUUUGAUGUUAGGUCUGAAAAAUUCCAUGUUAUCAAAAGACCUGCCCUUUCUAUAAUUAGUCGAACCAUGAUAAGGUAUGAGGGGAAGCUAGCCAUCGUGGGCGGUCUAAUUCCUGUUAAUGGUAGUGUUGAUUUGUGGGUUUUGGAGGAUGCAGUGAAACAUGAAUGGUUGAGGAAGACUUUUGUUUUGCCUCAUUUGUGGACAAAUUUACAGGACACAAGAACAUCACUACCUGGGCUUCAUCGGUUCAUUGAUGUCACUGACGCGGGUGAGUUUCUUUUGGCACCAAUUUUAUUGUGGGUACCACUUCCACCAUAUUAUGUUCUCUAUUAUGAUCCAAAAAGAAACAGUAUGAGAAAAGUUGAGACAGAAGGAAUCACAGAGCAUAAGCUGCUACGAUAUAAGAAAGGAUACAAUCGUUAUCUGUUCCAUGUCUUCUCUAGUCAGGUUGAGAGUCUCAUGUUUCUCUAAGAUCCAGUAAGCAAUGAUGGUUUUGUUUUUCAUCUUCAAUGUUAAGUUAGAGUUGCUCAUCUCUGUUGACUUACCUCGUCUAGCUUUUGUUCUUCCUUUGUGGUUACUUGGGAGGUUUGAUGAUCCUUGUCUUUUAAGACCACAGUUUGUUUAUGUUAAUUAUCUACUCUUUAUCUUUGGUUGCUA